AUGAAUAUAUAUUUGAACACUAGACGUAAUCUUCGCAAUGAUCCUAAUUAUUCAUACAGCCGUAGUGGCGGAGGCAGUUAUGCGGCAGUGUCAGAAGAAGAAGAACAACUUUUAGGGGAGGAAUCAAGCGAAGACAAUACUCGACGACACCGGCAACAAGUAGAAAUACCAGUUGGAAAACAACCCGUUCGUGACGAGCUAAGUUACAAAAAUGACACAAUAAACCAUCCUUGUCAAUUAUUAUUGUUGGUUGUGGCUUCUUUAAUUCACGUUCUUGGAAAUUUCGUUCUAACACUUGUUCCGUUCAAAAUUAUUACGCAA